GUUCUCUUGACUUUAUAUAGGAUAAUCCAGAGAGAGUGAGAGAGUUCCAAGAAAUGGAGGAUACGGAUCCGAAGACACCGAUGCUGGGGAAGGAUAGUCGGGGGUCUUCUCGCAGCGGUCGACAUGGCCGACUCAGUCGGCGGUACUCGGUUAACUCACUGCGGACAGAGUUUGUCUCCAGACUCCCUAACAGUGUCCGCUCUGCUCUCGACCUCGAGUCUUCCACCUCCGACCUUGAUCUUUCCAGAACCGGAGCCUUAAGCAAAGGACAAAGGGCGUACUAUGAAAGACAAUUCGACACCUUGAAAUCUUUCGAGGAAGUUGAUACUGUGAUGGCGUCAGAUAGCGUCGAUGAGGAAAACCUCGAGGAACAAGCUCAGCAUGAAAGAGCGAUGCGGAUUUCUAAUUAUGCCAACAUGAUACUACUGGCAUUUAAGCUCUAUGCCACAAUCAAGAGUGGAUCGAUAGCCAUUGCAGCAUCAACACUUGAUUCGUUACUGGAUCUCAUGGCCGGUGGCAUACUUUGGUUCACCCACCUGUCGAUGAAGAGCAUAAAUAUCUAUAAGUAUCCUAUAGGAAAGUUGAGAAUGCAGCCAGUAGGCAUAAUCGUAUUUGCUGCUGUCAUGGCUACACUAGGCUUUCAGAUAUUGAUCCAGGCUGUAGAAGAACUGGUUAAAGAUGAACCUUCUGAAGAUAUGUCCUCAAGUCAAAUGAUAUGGAUGUGCACAAUCAUGAUAUCUGCUACUGUGGUGAAACUUUUGCUGUGGAUAUACUGUAAAAGCUCAAGAAAUGAGAUUGUCCGUGCAUAUGCACAGGAUCAUUUUUUUGAUGUGGUAACAAAUGUAGUCGGAUUAGUUGCUGCUGUUCUGGGCGAUAAGUUUUACUGGUGGAUUGAUCCUGCUGGUGCUAUCAUCCUAGCGGUGUACACUGUUACAAAUUGGUCUAAAACUGUUAUAGAAAAUGCAGUUUCACUUGUGGGACAGUCUGCACCUCCUGAAGUUUUACAAAAAUUGACAUAUCUUGUCAUAAGGCAUCCUCAAGUCAAGCGUAUUGACACUGUCCGUGCUUACACCUUUGGUGUUCUUUAUUUUGUGGAGGUUGACAUCGAACUUCCAGAAGACUUACCCUUGAAAGAAGCCCACGCCAUUGGAGAGAGCUUGCAAAUUAAGAUAGAAAAACUUCCAGAGGUUGAGCGGGCGUUUGUUCACCUUGAUUAUGAAUGUGAACACAAACCAGAGCACUCUGUUCUCAGCAGGCUGCCCAACUCUCAGUCCUGAAUUUCAAACUUCUCUUACAGAUCCACAGAGAGUCUUUUGUUCA